AUAAGUAACUAUUUACAGACAUUGGCACUAGAAGUUGACAUUGAGACGGAGGAUGAAAUAAACUCUAGAGAAGAAAACAGAAAAAGAUAUAAAGAUAAAAAUAGACGAAAUUCUAAUGUACCAUGUGAUAGCAGCAGAGUGCGUUUGUUUCUUAGCAGAACGGAAGGCAAGCAUGACUAUAUCAACGCUGUCUUUAUAAACAGCUUCAGGAUCAAGAAUUUGUUCAUUGCUGCACAAACACCACUUCCUAAAACUGUCGAGGACUUUCUCAGCAUGAUAUUCCAGCAGCACACGUGUUGUGUUGUCGCUCUUGAGGAUCAGAAUACUCCUAGCAAAGAUGUCGGACAAUACCUUCCUGCUGAUAACGAGACUUUUACAUUCGGAAAUUUUUCUGUAACAAGCUCGAAAUAUGAAACAAAGUCACAAUAUAUCUUAAAGAAACUGACAGUCAAAGAUUAUACGAAGGACCAGAAGAAAUCGGUGUUUCAUUUCCAGUACAAAAACUGGCAAACAGCGAAGAAAGUACCCGACAGCGCCAUGGAUUUUGUACAAUUUGUUAAAGAAGUGGAAAAAUAUGUUGCUAAUGACCCGGAAGAUGAUCCAAAUAUCAUUGCACAUUGCUUGAAUGGUUUUGAGAGAAGUGGUCUGUUUUGUGUCGUUUACAAACUUCUAGAGAAACUUGAAGCUGAACGACAAGUCAGUGUAGUUAAUGUAGUCAGGAAGAUCCGUACACACCGACCACAAUCAAUUACAUCAAUGGAACAAUUGAAGUUUUGUUACGAGUGUGUUUCAGCGUAUCUGGAGAUUUACAACACGUACUCCAAUUUUGCAUCUUAAGAUUACUGCAACUUAAUGUUUACAAUGUGUUAAUUGACACAUAUUUGUAAACAUCGUGUUUUGCAAUCUACUAGCAAAAGGAAACCAAAAAUUGUUAGUUUACAUGAUCUCUCAAUUUGUAGCAAUUUUACUUUUUAAAUCAUGUUUACUUCAUUCUUACAUGUUUUUAUAUAUUACUUUUGUUUAUUACUAUUUCAUUUAAUGCUUACAUCUUUACUUAAUUUUUUUUAAUGUUUACAUCUCGGUUAUCCUCUAUGAGAACUUUUAUUGUGUUUCCAUCGGGCAUCGUCGGUUGAGUACACAGUAUCUCUAUAUAUUUAUGUGAAGUAUACGGAUAUAUCCAUAUAUCAAUGUGGAGUAUACGGAUAUAUCUAUAUAUUGAUGUGGAGUAUAAGGAUAUAGCUAUAUAUUGAUGUGGAGUAUACGGAUAUAUCUAUAUAUUGAUGUGGAGUAUACGGAUAUAGCUGUAUAUUGAUGUGGAGUAUACGGAUAUCUCUAUAUAUUGAUGUGGAGUAUACGGAUAUAUCAAUAUAUUAAUGUGGAGUAUACGGAUAUAUCUACAUAUUGACAAGGAGUUUACAGAUAUAUUUAUAUUUUGAUCUGUAGUAUACGGAUAUUGCUAUUUAUUGAUGUAGUGUAUACGGAUAAAGCUAUAUAUUAACGUGACGUGGAGUAUACGGAUAGAUCUAUAUAUUCAUGUGAAGUAUACUGAUAUAUCUAUAUAUUGAUGUAAAGUAUACUAUAUAUCUACAGAUUGAUUCCGACUAUGAUUUUCUUGAUCUUGAAACCAACGAAAGCUCUUGUCAACAUAUAUUAAAUGGUUUAAAGUAAAUUACUGUUUUAACGGCUUAACACCUAUACAAGAGAUUGGUACAUCAUAAGUAAUCAGUAUCAAUGAAAAUAUCAUUUUUAACAUAUGUAACUUUGCUGUUGUAGUAUUUUUCACUAUAUGUUUUAGCUUUAUUUACAUUUUUGGAUUAACAAAAACAAUCAGCUGAGAGUAAGUUGUUCAAGGAAAGAGGACAUGAUUAUGUAAUCCUAUAUUUUCUUUAUGAAAGGUCUAUCAAAUUAUCAUAGUUUAUCGAUUAAGGGGAGAUAACUACAAUUUAAAAAUUGAGAAGAAAAUUAUAUAUGUACUAUAAACAUUGAGAUAUUAUAACAAAUGUUUCAUCUGAUACAGAGAUAUUUCUUUUAUUCAUUUUUUAAAUCUUUUGUUACAUUGUUUCUUACAUCAUUCAUGACAUCUUGAGUACUUUCCUCUAAUAUUAUAACAUUUAUAUAUUGAUAUAUAUGUAUGUUUAUAUAUAGGUUUACAUGUCUAAAAAUUCGCAAUACAUUAGAGUAAUGAUUAUAAUGAAAAAAGAGCAUGUGCAGAAAAUGUAUAUAUUGGAUACAGUUUAUUUAUCUAUGUAGUCUUUAGCCGUAUGGUUAGUUCAAUAAGUAGAACAGGUGAAUCGGGCUGCCAAAGUUCGAUUCCCGGAGAGAGCAAGUCACAUUCAUGUGAUUUAUCAUAAAAGCCUUUAUAUGGUCAUUUGCACUGUAUCUCUGUUUUGGCAUGUACAGAUGUUCUUUGCGUUGCGAAAUUGUAGACAACUUGUACUUGUAAACUGUGUGUACAGUCAUCCCAUAGCAGGGAUG